UGCGAUGCUUUCAUCUUGAGCCAUCUAGAAUGCUUCUACCAAUAUCCGUAUGAAUCUGUGGAAAACAUGGCUUCGCGUAAAGGAACACGUCGAGCCUGUGAUCCUUGCUCGGUACGCAAAGUCCGGUGUGAUGGCAAUCAACCAUGCUCGAGAUGUCAAGCCGCAAGCUGGGAAUGCACGUACUUGAAAACACAUGGCAAGUCUGGACCGAAGGGUCCUCGCCGGACAACAGAGACAGCUAUAAGACGGCUGCAGGAGCGCAGUAGAAGCGACUUACAACGAGGACCACGCAGUGAGAGCGAGACUAGUCUGGAUGAUGCCAGUCCGACCACAAGCGAAUUCCCCCUUCACAGUCCGUUACCCUACACGAACGAUCUGUUUUCGAAUAGAUUAGGUUGGCCGGAGGUAGCCAGUCCAACCUAUCCGGAUAUUCAGUCUGGGCACCAAAGGAUUACAACCACGGCGAUUUCCAAUUAUCUUGAGGUCUAUCACGCCCGUGGUUAUUCGAUUUGGCCGGUUGUGGAUACAGAGACGCUUCUUGCCCGUCUUCUUACGCACCCAGACGAUAUGGAGGCAUAUGCGCUCGCGACAGCAAUCUGCGCUGCUACUAUAAGCCAGUUCCAGAUUGAUUCACAGCCUGGUAGCCCUAUAGAAGGGCACUUCCGGGUUUCGAGUGCUUUGUUUGAGACUGAGGCCAAGGCCGCCCGUAAAAAAUCAGAUCACAUGGAGAACGUGACUACAUGGUCACUACUAAGCACCUUUUUUCUGCAUGUUUACUCGGCAAAUAUAGGACGCAUGCCGGCAUCUACUGUCCUUCUCGGAGAAGCAAUCACAAAGGCGCAUAUUAUCGGGCUCUACAAAUCGAGAUUGUACGAGGACAUGACGAUAGAGCAACGGCAGCAUCACCUACGGAUCUACUGGUUACUUUUCAUCACGGAGAGGGCUCAUUCUAUCCAACACGACAUUCCUAUCAUGCUCAAACGUGCACCGGAACUUCCGCCGCUGGAAGAUCUGAACGAUGGAUCUGUGACGCCUGCGUUCAUACAGCUUUGCCAACUCUUCAAUAUUCUCGAUAUCACCAUUACUGCAGAUGCACCGUCAGCGCGCAAUGCUCUCAUGCUUGCGCAACAACAACUCAGCAACGAUGAACCCUCUCGCAGUCUAGAGAAUGAACUGCAAAGAGCGGAUAUAUCAAUGACUCAGCAGUGGAUGCGUAUCUUCUUAUGGCAACAUGCUCUGAAUGUGACAGAUCUACGAUCGAAUGACGUCGACAACGAGUUCUCUUUUGGGUUCCCCAAUACAGUCGCGCAGAGCACACUAAGCUUCCUGAGCUCCCUUCCCAAAGAAAGCUUAGAAGCGCAUGGCCCUGGAAUGGAAUCGAAGCUUUUUGACAUUACAAACUCGCUAGCGGAUGUCAUGAUAUUCGUUCCUUCAUUAAACCAACAUUCCGGCUUUGGUGUAGGGCCUCGGGAUCUCAUCCACUCGCUCUCCUCUCUGCUUUCUUCUUUCCGAGGCGGGAAUCCGGCCGUGAUGAAUAUUCUGCAAGAAAAGCUGACAGUGUUGGGUCUAUCGGUUGUGCCCCCACCGAAGCUGAAGUUAUUGGAGUUGGGGUCUUCACCAGAAGAGGAGAAACAAGAGUGGGAUGUGGCGUUGUCUCCAGUGAUAAAUCACGUGACAUGA